AUGUUCGCAGUGAAGUCAAGUCUCUCGAUCCUCCGAUCCCCGACUGUAUUCUCCGGCGGCACUGAUAAGCGGCACCGGAGAGUUUUUUCACGGUCAUAUGGACGGAGGAGAGUUCAGAUUCAAGCAGCGAUCAGUAGCGGGGACAGCAAGACUGCGACGUCGUCUCCGGUGGAGAGCAAAGAGACGAACGACUCAGUUCCAGGUGAUUCGAGUGGCGGUGGCAGAAACGGCGAAGUGAUUAAUGUGAAGGCGGUUGUGACGAUAAGGAAGAAGAUGAAAGGUAAUAAUAUUGUUGAAGAUAAGUUGGAGUAUUUCAUCAAUGGUGCUGGUCAGGGGAUUCAGAUUCGGCUCGUCAGUGAACAAAUUGACCCUGAGACUAAUUGUGGAAAAAGUAUGGAAUCCCACGUAAGAGGUUGGCUGCCGAAGCCGUCAAACGUUCCAUAUAUUGUGGAAUACUCAGCUGAUUUCACAUUGCCAAGCGACUUUGGAUCCCCUGCUGCUGUUCUUAUUACCAAUCUUCAUGCAAAGGAGUUCCACUUAUUGGAAAUCAUCCUUCAUGGCUUCACUCAAGGACCCAUUUUCUUCCCCGCAAACACGUGGAUUCAUUCAUGUAAAGACAACCCUCAAAGUAGAAUCAUAUUCAAAAACAAUGCAUAUUUACCAUCACAAACACCACCUGGUAUCAAAGAUCUUCGAAGUGAGGACUUGCUAAGCAUAAGGGGUAGUGGUACUCACCAAGAAAGGGAAAGGAAAUCAUAUGAUAGAAUCUAUGAUUAUGCUACUUAUAACGAUUUGGGCAACCCUGAUAAAGAUGAGGAACUUGUUAGGCCUGUCCUUGGGAAUCAUGACAGACCUUAUCCUCGCCGCUGUAAAACUGGAAGACCUCCCACUCGUUCUGAUCCAAUGUGUGAGAGUAGAAUUGAAAAGCCACAUCCUGUGUAUGUGCCCCGUGAUGAAACUUUUGAAGAAAUCAAGCAGGCCACAUUCUCUGCUGGAAGAUUGAAAGCUGUGCUCCACAAUCUUAUACCUUCACUUGCAGCCACUCUAUCCAAUUCAGACAUUCCUUUCAAAUGUUUCUCGGAAAUUGACAAUCUUUAUAUUGGUGGUGUUACUUUAAAAGAUGAAGAGCAUAAAGGGAUUAUGGAAAAUCUCUUGGUGGGAAAGGCGAUGAAAGGGGUCGUAAGUGCUGGACAACGGUUGUUGAAAUAUGAAAUCCCAGCAGUUAUAAAAGGAGAUAAAUUUUCUUGGUUGCGGGACAACGAAUUUGCAAGGCAGGCCUUAGCUGGGGUCAAUCCAGUGAAUAUUGAACUAUUGAAGGAGUUUCCCAUCUGCAGCAAAUUAGAUCCAAUUGUCUAUGGCCCUUCUGAAUCAGCAAUAACCAAGGAACUACUGGAGGAAGAACUUGGUGUAAUGAGUUUGGAAAAGGCUAUGGAGGAAAAAAGACUAUUUAUUAUUGAUUACCAUGACACACUUCUGCCAUUCAUCAAGAAGAUGAACUCCUUGCCUGGGAGGAAAGCUUAUGCCUCGCGGACGAUUCUCUUCUAUACAAAGACUGGCCAUGAUGCCACAGCACACUGGCGUUGGAAGUUAGCAAAAGCUCAUGCUUGCUCAAAUGAUGCUGGCAUCCAUCAAUUAGUAAAUCAUUGGUUAAGGACUCAUGCAUGCAUGGAGCCAUAUAUAAUUGCUACUCAUAGACAAUUAAGCUCAAUGCAUCCCAUUUACAAGUUGCUACAUCCUCAUUUGCGCUAUACAAUGGAAAUUAAUGCACUUGCUAGGCAAAAUUUAAUUAAUGGAGGGGGUGUAAUUGAAGCAUGUUUCAGUCCUGGAAAAUAUGCCAUGGAGCUUAGUUCAGCAGCUUACAAGAACAUGUGGAGAUUUGAUAUGGAGUCUCUCCCUGCAGAUCUUAUUCGGAGGGGCAUGGCAGUAGAAGACCCUUCAAUGCCUUUUGGUGUAAAACUUGUGAUUGAUGACUACCCUUAUGCUGCAGAUGGACUCCUAAUCUGGUCUGCCAUUAAAGAAUGGGUAGAAUCUUAUGUUGAACACUUCUAUUUCGAAUCAAAUUCAAUCGCAUCCGACGUUGAGCUACAAGAAUGGUGGAGUGAAAUCAAGUUUAAGGGUCACCACGACAAAAGGAAUGAACCUUGGUGGCCUAAACUAGAUACCAAAGAGGACCUUUCUGGCAUACUUACAACAAUUAUAUGGGUUGCUUCUGGUCAACACGCAGCUAUCAAUUUUGGACAAUACCCUUUCGGAGGGUAUGUGCCUAACCGUCCAACCCUCAUGAGAAAACUUAUCCCUCAAGAAAAUGAUCCUGAUUAUGAGAAGUUUAUUGAAAAUCCUCAGCUUUUCUUUCUAUCAUCAUUGCCUACUCAACUUCAAGCUACCAAAGUAAUGGCUGUUCAGGACACAUUGUCGACUCAUUCGCCUGACGAAGAGUAUUUGGGACAAGUGAAUCACCUGCAUAAUCAUUGGAUCAAUGACCAUGCAGUACUGAAGUUGUUUAGUAAGUUAUCUACUAGACUUGAGGAGAUAGAGGAAAUAAUAAAUGCAAGAAAUAAAGAUCUACGUUUGAAGAGUAGAACUGGUGCAGGUGUUCCUCCCUAUGAACUGUUGCUACCCACGUCAGGCCCCGGGGUAACUGGUCGUGGAAUCCCCAACAGCAUAUCUAUAUGA